AUGUACAUCGAGACCUGCGCCCUCUACAUCUGCGGCAUGUGCGCCGUCAGCUUCGAUGGCGUCUUCAUUGUCGUGUGCCUCCACGGCGUGGGUCUGAUGGAGUCGCUCGGCGAGAUGAUUGCCAGCGCCACGUCGCCGCUGGUGCCGCCCGAGCGUCGUGUGGAGUACCUCCGCGGCUGCAUCUACCAGUACCAGCGGGUGGCCAGCUUUGCGGAGGAGAUCAACGACUGCUUCCGGCACCUGACGCUCUCCCAAUUCCUGCUCAGCCUCUUCGGCUGGGGCCUGGCCCUGUUCCAGAUGAGUGUCGGCCUUGGCACCAGCAGCGCCAUCACCAUGAUCCGGAUGACCAUGUACCUCACGGCCUCCGGCUACCAGGUAGCCGUCUACUGCUACAAUGGCCAGCGAUUUGCGACAGCCAGCGAACAGAUUGCCGGGGCGUUCUACGGGUGCGAGUGGUACGCGGAGUGCCGCGAGUUCCGGCAACUCAUUCGCAUGAUGCUGACGCGCACGGGCCGCUGCUUCAGGCUGGACGUGUCCUGGUUCCUGGCCAUGUCCCUGCCCACCCUGAUGUCGAUGGUUCGGACCAGCGGACAGUACUUUCUCCUCCUGCAGAAUGUCAGCGAGAAGUCGGGCUGA